UACUGUGUUCGGUCAAACGCCAUUCAAUUAUCUAAAGAGCAAUAAUAUUGGACGUUUUGUCGAUCGAGUGUUCAACUAUUCAAUAGUGCAAAACCGGUGUAUUAAAUGGAUUGUUAAAAUAUGAAACAUUCCGUGUUUGGUUAAAUCGAUUCGCUUUGAUAACCACUUACUUAUUGCGCCUUGUAUUCGAGUUCUCACGGAUUCUAUACAUCAUCUUGUUUAAUAUUCGCUUCACGUAUUUUCAAUGCCUUAAACAACGAGUCAGCUCGGUUUGUUCAUUUAAACAGCAUAGGCAUAUACAUGUACAUUGUACCCACUUUUGAACUUCCAUAAAUGCGCCAGUAUAAUUCAACAUCUGAAGUGUUAAACAGAAUUUAAAGUGUCGUUUUAGUGCAUUGACUUAAUGGUUCAUUACAAAUAGUGAAUAUAUAGAACAACGAGGUGUUUUAACAGUUGGAAUAAUUAUUCGAACGCCCAUUGGAUAAUUUGACAAAGAUAAUGGGUUCACUAAAAAGCCAUUAAAGGAUAACAUUGCUUAAAUAGUGUAUGUGUGUGUCUGCGAAUAUCUUUUUGGACAAACCCAUUUUCAGACCAACAGCCUCUGUUCUUUGAGCAACAUAUGAAAGAUAAACUGGAAGUUUGAUUGUCGCACACAGUUAAAAUAGUUUGAUCGACAAUCCACCAAGUAGCCGGUAACAGCACAAACGACAUUUCGUGACGUAAGACGUGACGUCAUGGGCAACGUCAUUGGUCGCGUGAACGCGUACCGUCGCCAGCUGAAGCAUCUGAGUGACGUGUUCGAGGGUCGCGUCCCUAAGGUUUUAAUUCUGGGUCUGGAUGGCGCAGGCAAGACAUGCCUGAUGUACAAGACUAAGCUGGACCACACGAUCUACGCCAACCUGCCGCCCCGGGGAAUCAACAUCGAGCACACGCGGCCACGCCGUGGAGCCCGGAUACAGCUCUACGACAUGCCGGGAUCCAAACUCUCGCGUUACCUCUGGCAAGCGUUCCUGAAAGAGGCCGAGGCCAUUGUGUGGGUUGUGGACAGCAGUGAUCGGGUGCGAGCAGACGAGGCCAAGUUCGAGCUUCACGACCUGCUGCAGUCCCGCUCCCUCCGCCGGGUCCCCGUCAUCGUCGUCGCCAACAAACAGGAUGCCGACGGUGUAAUGGGGCCAGAGCAAGUGAGAACUGAACUGGAUUUGGCAAGCAUCCAAGAUCGUGACGUCACCAUUCACGGAGUCAGCGCAAAGAACGGCACUAACGUGAAGGCUGUCUUUGUCGACGUCGUCGAUAAAAUCAAGGCGUACCGUCAUUUCAAGAGCAGUCUUCAGUCACCGAAACCAGAUCAUCAAAAUGGGAAGAAUAAAAACGAGAUAAACGGUAUAGAGUUUACAAACAUAGAGACAAAAGAUGCAAACGAAAAUAUACCGUCGUUGUUUGAAAAUCUCAAAAAGCGCGAACAAGUCACGGACGUUGACAACGAAAUUGACGUAGUUCCGGGACCUUCCGGUGUUCAGAGUGAACAGGCGGUAUAUGCGGGUCAUUCGGUAGACGACGCAGACUAUGCCUCCAAUUACACCGCUGAUAAUCCAACACCCGACAGUUUAAGCCUCGCUGCCCAGAGUAUCGAUGACAUGCGCAAAGAGUCGAAAGAGAUUGGAAGUAACGAGAGCGUGAGAGGGAGCGCUGUCGACACAGGUUCACGGGAUUUUUCUGAUAUCGACAGUCGAGACACAAGCAGCCGAAAAAGCGUUGACGAGAGAGUGAACGAGUCGUUGCUAAGCAACAACAGCGAGAAAGAUUGUGUGAAGCACUUGGAGGACAUUGUGAGAGAACACGGUAUGGAAUAUGUGUAACAUGACGUCAUCAGAAACUUGACACUUUACGCGAGUGCGCAUUUCAGUUGGUAAAUCAUUGGAGGAAUGGGUGGUAUUUGACGUUCAUGAACGAUUCUGUAUUUUCUCAAAUUAUAUGCCAGUUUUUGGAUAUUGAUAUUUCCUGUGGCAUAUACGUAUGUUAAGUUAUCGGAGCGGGGACCUAUACAAACAAACGAAACAUUGUUUGUAUAGGUCCCUGAUCGGAGCUUCUAAUACGUUGCUGUCUGUGAUAGCAUCUACCUGUAUCGCCCCAGGCGUAUGGCACUUAGGUGGUUAUCUAAGAUCUGUCUUCGACUCAUUAAAAUGUUUGGAUUUAAAAGCCGUAUUAAUUUAAUAUGACUUGGUAAUAGAAGCUCAGUACGAUACAGCUUUGUUUAAUUUGUGAAGGCUAGUAGACAAAGAAGAAGAGUUCUUAACUGUUUCGCUUUUUAGUAUUAAUAUAUAAACAUGUGCGAUUAAAUGCAUGAAAUACAUUGUUCAUAAAAUAGUACCCAAAAACCAAAAAUGGUAGGCUUUGCAGACAUGAGUUUUACAGGAUGUUUCAGUCCGUUCACGUUGACUGUUUGUUAGACAUAUUACAACGUCAUCGUUCAAUCAAAUGCGCUGUGCACCAUGUGAAUUAAGCUAUAUUUGUUAAUGUGGUGUAUAUAUUACAUAGUUUUAUAACACAUUUAUUAUAUUGCACUCUGCUUUUCUGCAAAUAAACUCCUAUGUGCUAUCAAUAGAUUGAUAUAUACGCCAA